AUGUGUCUGAGUGAUCCCGAGAUGGUCAUUGUCAUUGGAGGAGCGUAUGACCAAACCCGCUGUGAGGACUCCCUAUGGAAAAUGGAAAUAGAGAUUUUGUCCUGUGCCAUCUCAUUAAAAUGCCCUAGUUUUGUCCUGUGCCAUCCAAGCUGCUGUCCUGGAGACAAGGCCUACAGAAACGCUCUGUACAUUUUUAACCCAGAUUUUGAGCUCUGGUACCAACCCAUUGUGGAGGGAUGACCUCUACCUAGGAUUGUGCUCUAAACCAUUUUUUUGUCCAACCGGUUGCUCAUUUUUGGUGGCAGGAAGACUACAAUCUACCUGAACAACCGUAACAUUUUGCACCUCGGCUUUAUGGAGUACACAGCUGUGAAAUAUGAGAUCAUGCCAUCACUGCCUCGAGGAUAUCAUGCAGCACUGCCAGUAUCAGACAACAGGAUGCUGGUCAGUGGAGGUUGUAGUGCUAUUGAUGCCCUGCAGGACAUCCAUAUCUUCAACGUGGACACCAGUAUGUGGAGUUCAAUGGUAUUCCCUCUGCUCUGCGCCAAGCUUCGUGCCGGACACAGCAUGAACAACCUGGGAGGUUCUGUCCUCCCAGGCACUGUCAAACAGAAGCAGGGCGAGCAUACCAACACCCACAGCACUCUGCUGGUGUUUGGGGGCUCAGACUGCGCCGGGAUCUUCUUCAAUGACCCAGCGAAGUGCACAGUGAAGAUCCCUGGAGAUAAGAGACUGGACCUUAAGGAGAGACUAUAACAGCCUUAUGGGGAAUAAGGGGGAAAAAUGUUGACUUUAUAUCUGUGUCUGGCUUACAAAUUCUGAAUGAUAUGAGUGAAUGUAUCAUGGGCAGAACUAACACAGGGACUGUUGAGUCCUUUUUAUUUGCUCUUCUGUGUAAUGGCUCUGUUACAUUAUGCUUGGAUGUAAUUAAAUCUUCAGUAACAGUUUUAUUGUAGCCACUGAAGGCUGUAGUCUAGCCUGAUUUUCUCUUUUCUGUUGAUUGUCAGUUAUGGUGCAAGUUAUGCCUUUUUAAUCACACUGUUGUCAGGUGUCUGACAUUACAUUAUGGGUUGUUAACUUUUUUAUAUUGAUUUUUAAGUGCCAUUCUCCCCAUCUGAGAAAUGGUAUAGGCACCAGAUCUAAAAAACAUCUCUCCUGUGUUCUAGAUAUUUUCUC